CAAGGUGCUUAUGAUAUCAUAGGCAUGGAGAAUAUGCCAGCUGGGAGGGUCAGCACGGGUCAUGCGUGACCCGCUCUCAGAGGUCCUGGUGGGAGGUACUUAAAGGGGGCCCGGUUGGAAUCUUCUCGUUUUGUUGGUGAAGGAGGCUACUGAGUGAGAGGGAAGCCGACCUGCUGGGGUCCCCCAACUCUCAGAUCCCCUUUCUGACUACCCCUUCUCUGUUAAGGGGCUCACAUCACACACAACUGGGAAGGACUAUUAUUACUAUAUUUUUCUUCAUUUUAAUCAACCUCUAUGAGGCAUCUGGUGGAUACCACUCAUUAUUGCCCAUUGGAGCCAGAAGGGAAUUGGACAUAUGGGGUGAGUGGGAUUCUUCGAGCCAGGCCACCAGACGAGACCAAGCAGGUCAACACCGGAAUGGAAUUCAAAGAAAGCAAGCGAGGCAAGUCUUCGAGCCACCACAGUCACUCCCACCAUGAUGCUGUGGCCCCUGGGUCCAGCUCUGGCCUCGAGGCCCACUCUCUGAAGAACUUUACCAUCCCCAAAAUCCGAAAGACAGCUGAGAAAGUGUACUUGUCAACUUGCCACACCAAUCGGAGGGAAUACAGUUCCAUAAACCAUACCAUUUCCCAGUGCAGACUGGACCUGAGCUGCGAGCUGCAGUCAGCAUGGCAAUUUGGGGAAACAAAACUAGUUCACAACGAAUAUCUUGAAAAAAAAUACUCAGCUAAGAGGACGGAGAUGCGGGAACGUGGCCGGCGAGGCUGUGAGCUGGAGGAGCAGUACUGCUUCUUGGCGCUGUCUAACAAUGCCAUGUCCCGGAUGUACCAGAGCGGGAUAUGUACCCGAGAGUCCACCAUGAAGGCGCUCGGCAAUCCCCUACUUGGCGUCUACUUAUUUAGGCACUCCGACGUUGCUCUGAAUUAUGCACGCUGUAGGAAGCACCAUGUGGACAACCUCAUGAUUUUUAAGGUUCUCUAUGGAAAGGUGAAGAAGAUCCAACCCAUGGUGGACAAGACUAAAACGUCUCUGGAUCCUUCACCCAACUUUGAUUGCCACAUGUCGCGACUUGUCCCGAUCCCCAAAGAACCCAUUGAGCAGCAGGCCAAUGGUUCUGCUGUUUACCUCUACGAGUACAACACACUUUCGAAGCCCGUGGACAAGCCCCGGCAGUGUCUUCCCUAUGCCACCAUAACAGUCAGAUUCCUUGGGCAGAAAGCAGAAAGCGGACCGACUAUCACGUCCUUACGGUUUCUCUCCACGGGAUUUCCCAAGUGGCAGGAAAAAAGAGACUCCUUGAACAACUGUACCGUUGCCAAAAGAAUUGGAAAGGGAAAAGACGCUACCAUCAUCUAUGAGCAUUUCCCAAAGCCUGCAGAUUCCUCAACCCAAGACAGCUGUUCCUGUAAUCCUGAGAUGAAUCCUUUGGCCCCUGAUACAUCUUCUCCCUGUGGAAAUGUACAAACAAACAGCUUCUUUGCUUUGGGUACCACUGAUGGCCAGCCUGAGCAUAAUUUAGAGGAAAACCACAACCCUUCUCAGGCACAAGCAACGGAGGUUAACCCGCCCCUCCCACCUAGUGUGGACGCCUUUCAAAAUAUGAAUGGCGAUAUGUUGAUAAGCUUUAAUUAUCUUGAAAAAUUCCUCAGCACUCUUUCUGCUUCAGUCGCUCUUGCUAACAGCAUUGGUACAAGUACCGUGACAACCUCCAAGCUCAUCAAGGACCCUAGGCUGCUGAGAAGAGGAGGAUCCCGUGAUCAGGCAAACCCCGAGACAGGCUCUGGAGAGAAUUUGCCACUGGAGAACAGGGAAGAAUACCCUGAUUCAUAUGUGAAUGCUUUGCCAUCCCCUCCCACGGAUGCUGCUCUUUCCUCUGGUGCCAUCCCCAGUGAGCCCAUGGCACUCAGUCAGGACUCCCUUUGUCCUGAGGGUUUUUCCUAUGAAGCUGCUUUAAAAAGAAUAUUCUUUCAGAAUUGUGACUAUGGAACUCUCCAUGAGAUAACACAGGGUAAUGCGAAAAAAGACCAACAUAUUAGUGAUUGUCAAGUUGGUCUUUCCUAUGCUUCCAAAGAAGUUGUUCCAGAAUGUGAGAACCAGGAAUAUGGUGAUAAAGAAACACAUAACUCAAGCCAGAUGAACAGAAUCCUUCUGCCUAUUAAGAAACAAGCUAAGAGAAAGUACAUCUCAGAGAUAAAUCAUAACUCUGUAACCCAGGAAUUACAACCUGCUGACGUAAAAAUUGUACAUGAAAGAUUUCGACCACCUUCCCCCCCGGAAUCUCUCCAGGCUCAACAAGAAAGCAGAAAUAAAUUCAUUCAGGAUACUCAAGAUAUGAAAAAUCUGACCCCUGAAACAGAAAACCAUUCCAAACAAGGAAAAAAUAAACUCCCCAAGAAAAGAAAUAGUCAUGACUCAACUCAUGGAGAAAGGAAGAGUAGCUUAAGAGAUAAUUAUCUUCCCCAUGAAAAGCACAAGACUUUGAACUUAUCCCACCAAGGCAGUGACAGUUGUAAAAAACCUCGGAAGCAUGGGCCAGCUGUUCUAAUGCAGUCUUCCCCAUUACCUCAAGAGCAAGUAGGGAAGUCAAAUCCCAAACAUAUACCUUUUAAAUCAGGAAAUAGUUACCUUCCUAUAAAUACAGAGAAGUCUUCAAAAAAUUGCCUUGAAGAGUGGUUGAAAUAUGAAAGAAUGUACAUUGAUAAAUAUUUUUCCAAAGCUCCAAAAGUAGCAUUAAAAAUAGGAAAUAUGCAUCUGAUACCCAUUGAUACUUCCCAAGAAAAGGACCUCGUUCAGACCAAAGAAAAGCCUAAUUUGAUUAAUGUCUCAUUUGAUGCUAAAGUGCCCCAUUUCAAGGUGAUCAGAGAUAGGAGUGGGAAGUACCCAGUUGUUCAUGGGGAAAAUAAAGGUGAACCAAUGUCUCCAGCUGUCCUGCAUAAAGAUGGCAGACCGAAUUUUACUCUUGCUGAAGAAGUUGACAGGAAUCAAGAUUGCCCUGUAUUCUGUGACCCAAUGAUUGAGAAUGAUCUGAAUGUUUAUUAUAAGGAACAGGAAUUUAGCAAUGAAGAAAUUAAUAAUCCUGAAAGACAGAGGAGACAGAGUUCUUCUGUAGGAAAAAAUAGAAUGGAAAAUAUUUAUGAAGAUGAGAAGCAAGUUGUUUAUAUGAACAAAAACUGUCCCACUGUUGUCAGUGAUGAAAGAAAGAUUAAGAAUGCAUGCAGGUCAGAAGUUUUGUAUUCUGAAAAGUUUUCAUCAACAUAUAACCUAGCCUGGAAAAAAAAGUAUGUGUCUAUAGAAACUGCUUUGGUUGAAAAUCAAAAGAGAGUUUCUCCUGGGAAUCAAAGAGGGAUCCUUCCCAGCCGUGAAAGUAGCAACUUACCCAUCCCAGUGUUAAGUACUGAGUGUGGAAACAACCAAAGGAACUUCCUAGAAGUAGCAAAAGCUGCCCAGAGCCCCAGUUUUGGAGCAUGGGGGACAAAUGUAUUUGGAGAACAUGAAGAUGAUAUGGACUAUAGAAAACCCAAUGAAGCAUGUGAACAGCCAACAAUUAAUGAGGACCUGAAGGUUCUAUUUCCUCAAGAUCUGAACUUUAACAAUGAGAUUGAAGUAGAAUCUGAACAAUGUGAAGAUUCUUUACUGCCACAGGACACAGCCAUACCUGAAAAUCUGUCUGCUGAUGAAAUGAACUCUGUGUACCAGCUCUUGGAAUCUCGUAUAGACUGGGAAAAUCUGUUUGGAAGUAGCAGGUCCUCAGAGACUUCCAAAAGUAGUCCACCACAGGAGGAUGGAAGCCAAUAUUUCCUUAAGGAGAGCAGUUGUAUUUAUUCUCGGACCCAGAAAAACCACAGAGAGCUUGUAAAUCCAGUGGUGGUUCCUGAUUUGCAAAUUCAAAUCACAAAUAUCAUUCAAUCAGAAUUCACCCUUUCUCAGGAGCCACUAGCAAUGCAGGAAGAGGUGGUAAUGUGUGCCACACCAGAGAUUGCAGAGGCAGAAAUGACUGACGCAUGGCAAGAAUUAGAGUCUAUGGCUGGUCCUUCCCAGUUUACUUGUGAAAAUACCGACUCCUCUGGUAAAGAUGAGCUGGCCCUGAAGGUGUGGCCAGAGGCAUCAGAACUUAUGAGGGAUUUGGUUCUUUCGCCACCUCCUGACUCAUCAGUUCACAAGGCAAUCAAAUACCCCUUAGCACUGUCCCCUCAACCUGCUGCCUCUUCACCACCCACAAAGGAUGGAAGUACCUGCUCCCUGGCAAAGCCAAGGGGCGCCCAGAGCAAAACUCCUAAGGCCAAGGAUGUGAAGUCUAAAAAUGGCAAAGGGAAGCUGCCGGCCUCUUUAAAGGACAAAGUCACACCAAGUAGGAGCAUCAGGUACGCAGAAGCUUACGGAGUAACCCGAAAGACUACUCAGUACCAGUCGUUCGAACAGUUUUCUUCUUUAUCAGAAGGACGGAUCAAGACCUUUUCACAGUCGGAAAGGCACAUCAGAAACGUUCUAAAUGUCCUUUACAGCGAAGCGUCCUUGUGCAAGAGCAAACGCCUGUCAAGAAAACUUGACCGAGCUGUGCUCCAUUUAAAGAAAGCUCACAGGAGGGUUUACCGGUCCUUGCAGCUCAUCACUAAAGUAGGGGAGAAAAGGAGAAAUGGCCCCUUGCCCAAAUCCUAUGAGUUCAUACACAACAGUUUAUGGGAAUGUUGUGACUUGGAAGGUUAUGAUUUCCUAACAGAAAAAAGGUAUUACUCAAGGCAUUACUGGCAGAAGAGGAAAGAUGACAAACGGGAAGAAAAGAGAGCUUCGGGACUGGAAGUGGUUAGGUCUCGGCCCUCUGCCCCACACCACCAGGGUUACAGCAGCAGCAGCAGCAGCAGCAGUAGGGACCACCAGGGAGACCGUAGGUCACUUUCUAUAGAAGGCCUGUCCAGUGAGGUCUCCGUAAGUCAUGUGAACAUCCCGAGAAUCACCAGUUCUGACAGACCACAUCGCUCUGAGUCUAGGGGCUCAGCAUCAAGCAAGGGCAGUUUGAAAGAUCCAAGAAGAGGGGCUGAACACAAGGAACCUGAUGAACAGUUGAAAGCUUUCCCUCCUCCUAAUGCUGAUGGGGAAAGGAAUUUGGACUUUAUCAUCCUGUCUACCAUUCACACUGAAGAAAGAAGUGAGAGACUCUCUAGUGAUGUCAGUUCCAGGGAGGCUUCCUCAGUUGUCCUUUCUGCUCCAUCUCCAAUAGAAAAAAAUGUGAAAUUUUUCAAUGGCCUUGGGGAAAGCAACCUUUCCUGUUUUACCAGUAAACCAGAUUUGGAAGAUGAUGGUGAGAUUACCUCCAGAGCAAAUCCUGACAUAUUCAUUUCCAUCUUAAAAUCUCAAACAGAACAAUUUUUCAAUGUCGAUGUCUCUAAAACAGAUGAUUUGAAGUUGCCUAGAGAUUUCCCCCAAUUGGAAAGUCAUCUACCUGCAGUCAGCUCAGAACUGAGGACUGGUUCAGAAGAUGUAGUUGGGUGCUCAGAUAGUUUGGCUCCCUGUACAAACCAAGAAAGAGAGAGUGUGUUUCUGCAUUUUUCUGGGAUCUCUGUUAAAAAUAAUGAGACCAAAUGGCAGACUCCCCACUCUGAGACAUUGUCCAGGAGCCUGCCGACUGUUAGUAGUCUUGCAACUCACAGUCCAUCUUUACAGGAGCAGCCACUGGAACAGCUGAAGGAGCAGCCACCGGAACAGCUGAAGGAGCAGCCACCAGAACAGCUGAAGGACCAGCUACUGGAGAAUCUCAAGGACCAGCCACAGAAGCGGCUGCAAUGGCAGCCACCAGAACAGCUGAAGGAGCAACCCAAGGACCAGCCACGAGAACAGCCACAGAUGCAACUGCAGGAGCAGCUAGAACAAUCACAGAUGCAACUGCAGGGGCAGCUAGAACAGCCACAGAUGCAACUGCAGGGGCAGCUGCAAGAGCAACCACCAGAGCAGCCCAAGAAUCAGCCACAAGAACAGCCACAGAUGCAAUUGCAGGAGCAGCUAGAACAGCCACAGAUGCAACUGCAGGAGCAGCUGCAAGAGCAACCACCAGAACAGCUGAAGGACCAGCCACUGGAGCAGCCCAAAGAUCAGCUGCAAGAACAAUCACAGAUGCAAUUGCAGGAGCAGCUGCAAGAGCAGCCACAAAAACAGCCACAGAUGCAACUGCAGGAGAAAUUGCAGGAGCAGCUAGCACAACCACAGAUGCAGCUGCAAGAGCAACCACCAGAGCAGCUCAAGAGCCAGCCACAAGAACAGCCACAGAUACAACUGCAGGAGCAGCUGGAAGAGCAACCACCAGAGCAGCCCAAGAACCAGCCACAAGAACAGCCACAGAUGCAACUGCAGGAGAAAUUGCAGGAGCAGCUAGCACAGCCACAGAUACAACUGCAGGAGCAGCUGCAAGAGCAACCACCAGAACAGCUGAAGGACCAGCCACUGGAGCAGCCCAAAGAUCAGCUGCAAGAACAAUCACAGAUGCAAUUGCAGGAGCAGCUGCAAGAGCAGCCACAAAAACAGCCACAGAUGCAACUGCAGGAGAAAUUGCAGGAGCAGCUAGCACAACCACAGAUGCAGCUGCAAGAGCAACCACCAGAGCAGCUCAAGAGCCAGCCACAAGAACAGCCACAGAUACAACUGCAGGAGCAGCUGGAAGAGCAACCACCAGAGCAGCCCAAGAAUCAGCCACAAGAACAGCCACAGAUGCAAUUGCAGGAGCAGCUAGAACAGCCACAGAUGCAACUGCAGGAGCAGCUGCAAGAGCAACCACCAGAACAGCUGAAGGACCAGCCACUGGAGCAGCCCAAAGAUCAGCUGCAAGAACAAUCGCAGAUGCAAUUGCAGGAGCAGCUGCAAGAGCAACUACCAGAGCAGCCACAAGAACAGCCACAGAUGCAACUGCAGGAGAAAUUGCAGGAGCAGCUAGCACAACCACAGAUGCAACUGCAGGAGCAAUUGCAAGAGCAGCUAGCACAGCCACAGAUACAACUGCAGGAGCAGCUGCAAGAGCAACCACCAGAGCAGUCCAAGAAACAGCCACAAGAACAGCCACAGAUGCAACUGCAGGAGCAGAAAUUGCAGGAGCAGCUAGCACAGCCACAGAUACAACUGCAGGAGCAGCUGCAAGAGCAACCACCAGAACAGCUGAAGGACCAGCCACUGGAGCAGCCCAAAGAUCAGCUGCAAGAACAAUCGCAGAUGCAAUUGCAGGAGCAGCUGCAAGAGCAACCACCAGAGCAGCCACAAGAACAGCCACAGAUGCUGUUGCUGGAGAUGCAACUGCAGGAGAAAUUGCAGGAGCAGCUAGCACCACCACAGAUGCAACUGCAGGAGCAAUUGCAGGAGCAGCUAGAACAGCCACAGAUGCAACUGCAGGAGCAGCUAGCACAGCCACAGAUACAACUGCAGGAGCAGCUGCAAGAGCAACUACCAGAGCAGCCCAAGGACCUGCCACAAGUACAUACACAAAUGCAACUGCAGGAGCAGCUAGCACAGCCACAGAUACAACUGCAGGAGCAGCUGCAAGAGCAACUACAAGAGCAGCCCAAGAAACAGCCACAAGAACAGCCACAGAUGCAACUGCAGGAGCAACUACCAGAGCAGCCCAAGAACCAGCCACAAGAACAUACACAAAUGCAACUGCAGGAGCAAUUGCAGGAGCAGCUAGCACAGCCACAGAUACAACUGCAGGAGCAGUUGAAAGAGCAACUACCAGAGCAGCCCAAGAACAAGCCACAAGAACAGUCACAAAUGCAACUGCAGGAGCAGCUACAAGAGCAACCAUCAGAGCAGCCCAAGAACCAGCCACAAGAACAGCCACAAAUGCAACUGCAGGAGCAGCUAGCACAGCCACAAAUGCAACUGCAGGAGCAGCUAGCACAGCCACAGAUACAACUGCAGGAGCAGCUGCAAGAGCAACCACCAGAACAGCUGAAGGACCAGCCACCGGAACAGACCAGGGACCAGCCACUGGAGCAAACCAGGGACCGGCCACCAGAGCAGACCAGGGACUGGCCAGUGGAGCAGCCCAGGGACCAGCCACUGGAGCAGCCUAGGGACUGGCCACUAGAGCAGCCCAAGGACCUGUUGCAAGAACAAUCACAGAUGCAACUGCAGGAGCAGCUGCACAAGCAACCGUCAGAACAUCUAAAGGAACAGCUGCUCCAGUCACUGGAGCAGCCCAAGGACCAGCCGCAAGAACAAUCACAGAUGCAACUGCAGGAGCAGCUAGAACAGCCACAGGAGCAACUGCAAAAGCAAUCACCAGAACAGCUUAAGAACCAGCCACUGGAGCAGCCCAAGGACCAGCCACAGAAGCAACUGCAAGAGUGCCUACAAGAGCAGCUAUUGGAACAGCUGCAAGAACAGCCACAGAAGCAACUGCAGGAGCAACUGCAAGAGCAGCCACUGGAACAGGUGCAAGAACAGCCAAAGGACCAACCACUGGAGCAGCCCAAAGAACAGCCACAGAAGCAAUUGCAAGAGCAACCACAGGAGCAAGUGCAGGAGCAAAUGCAAGAGCAGCCACCAGAACAGCUCAAGGAGCAAUUGCAGGAUCAGCCACUGGAGCAGCCCAAGGACCAGUUGCAAGAGCAGCCCCAGAAGCAACCACAGGAGCAAGUACAGGAACAGAUGCAAGAGCAGCCACCAGAACAGCUCAAGGAGCAGCCACUGGACCAGUCCAAAGACCAGCUGCAAGAACAGCCACAGAAGCAACUGCAGGAACAGCUGCAGGGGCAGCCACAGGAACAGGCGCAGGAGCAGCUAAAGGAGCAACUGCAGGAGCAGCUGCAAGAGCUGCCACAACCGCAAGAGCAGUCGCGAGAGCUGCUGCAGGAGCAGCUGCAGGGGCAGUCACAGCUUCAAAAUGGUGGAGAGGGUGCUUUAGGUAUAAUUGGGAUGCCUGAACCACUUGUAAAGAAAAAUUGCAAGGAAAAGACUGUUGAGAUGGUCCUUAUGAACACCUCCUUGGAGAAUACCAAAAGUUCAUCACAAAAAUCCUUGGUAAAGAAAAAUGAUAGAAAAAGACGAUUAAGACCAGUAGAAAAGGAACAAUGGCCAGAAAGGAUAGUAAAAAAAUCAAAUGUUUUAACAGGACCUUUAGAGAAAUGGCCUAUUCAAAUAGUAAGCCUGAGUAAAAAGGUCCGGGCCUGGGACAGAUCUCUUGCGGUGGCUGCCCCAUGUAGUAAAAAGGCACGCCAUCAGGAGGGCAGAAUAGAAGUAGGUAAUGAGCCGGCUCUCUCCUCCACUGCACUUCCAGCCACAGGGAUGGGUGAUCCUGUCUGCAGAUGGAAAGGAGCUUCCCAGAUGAGUAUCAUGAAAAUGCACUUGGGGAUUCCUGAGGCCACCCCUGCUCAGCAGCCAGAGGAGGGUCACUCUUCCAAGGACCCUACAACAUUCGUUGUGAAACUGUCUAGAAUUCUGCAAAAAGCAGACAAGUCAUCCACUCUGAAGAGUUUACAAGGACAAGUAAAAACAUGUCAGACUGUCCGUCCUUUGUUCAUUGAAACUUUUGAAAGAAAACAAAAAUGUUCCUUUAAACAUGUGCUGAUUUCCCGGGAGUUGCUGGUGGAAGGGGAUGGUUGGAAUAACUGUAGACACUGCCUCCACCCACGGGCUGUAGAUUCUCUAGUAGAACUCCAGAUGAUGAUAGAAACCAUGCAGUUCAUUGAAAACAAGAAGGGUCUCUUGGGCAGUGAGCCCACAUUCCGCAGCUUCCUGUGGUAUGAUGCUUCACUUUAUGAAGAGCUGCUCCGUGGGAAUAAAGUCUACCAGCAGCAGUUCUGUCUCUACCCAGCUUUCCAAGACAGGCUCAAGUACAACGCAUUCAGUGAGUUACAGCACUACCGUGGUCAGUUAAUCAAACUGUUAGAAGAAGCCAGAAAGGAGAACAAAUCCUACUAUGCUAUCUUGAAAUACAAACGACAGAUUGAGGAGUGUGAAGAUAUCAUGAAACACUGCUCCAAUUACUUUGAUUUUAUACUUUCUGCACCACUCACCUGUGGGGUCAAUUUUGGAGACAAUUUGGAAGAUUUAGAGAGUUUAAGGAAAAGUACUUUGGAACCAAUCAGUAACCAGGACCAUCUCACUAAAAUUCAGUCUUGUCCUGGGAAACAAGACCAUCUUUGGAUCAUCAUGGAAAUGAUCUCUUACAAGAUGCACUUUAUAAAAAACUCUGAAUCAGUCAGUAUGAAGAUAUCCCUCUAUGGUCUGGAACACAUCUUCUUUGAUGCUGCUAAAAGUCUGGUUUGGAAAGAGAAGGGCCCAUCAGUUAGCAAAAGCAACUCUCCCAAGAUAAAAGAACUCACAUUUAACCAAUGUGUCCUUAAGAAAUUUCAGCAGAUCUAUGAGACUCUAGAAGCUGAUGGACAAGCGGAAGAUGUUUCUAAGAAUUGCCUUGAGGAAACUCUUGGAAAUACUCUCAAUAUUUGCUGUGUCGGAGAAAUAUUAGACCAAGCGGAAUCUGCUGACCUGAAACAGUUAGAGGAACUUACAGUGAGAUGCACAAGCCACCUAGAAACCUUAAAGAAGUGCUUUCAGAUUCUGCAGGAGGCCCCUGUGGACAGCCUCUUGAUUACCGAAGACAAUGUGCUGGAUGUGUUCAAUAAGCAUAGCCAUCAGGUAGUCAUCCUGAAGCCUGAAGCUGUUGAGAUGUACAUUGAAAUGGUCAUGCUUGCUGAAACAAUUCACUUCCUGAAAAAUGUCAAGGCCAAAAAACUGAACAAACCAAGAUUCCGGGGAAUGCUAUGGUUUGAUUUGUCUCUCCUUCCAGAGCUGAUAGAAAACCAAGAAAAAAAUGCUUCCUUUUCAUUGCUAAAAGAGAAUGCGGCAACCUGCUUGUGGGAGGCAGUGGAGGUAGCUAUCCUAGAACUCAAGGAUGAGGCAGCUGUCAUCUGCGAGUAUCCCAAAGGGGCCAACUCCUCAUACGCCCUCCAGCUGCUGUCUAGAGAACUCACAGAACUUUCCGAAAUAAGGACACUCCUUGAAAAGUCCAAUCCACCUAUCGCCACAUAUGUGGACCUCAUGCCUUAUACCAUGUCAGUAAAUUAUGGCACGACUCUUUCUGAACUUGAGCACAAUUAUAACCAGUUUUCCGAGUUGUUGCAAAAUCUAACUUUGGCUUCCCAGAAAGAUCUGGGGAAAAUGGCCCAUGUCAUGAAAGUCAUGAAGACCAUACAGUACCUAAAAGUCUCCUGUGCCAAAAUGGGCAGCUGUAAUGUCUCCCUUUUCACCUGUCAAAUGUUCUCCAAUUCAGAAAGGGCCUGCCAGGAGAUCAGGGUCAUUCAUAAGAUGAAGCCCAGCGUGGUUGCCAGGAAACUGGAGAUCUGUUGCAGGAAAUCACCAUCUCCUUUGGUCUUACCCCACAAAGAUCCAGCUGUCUCUAAAAAAAGAUCUUUUACUUUAGCUCUUUGUGAAAGCCACCAAGAGCAGUUUGAAAGUCCUGACCUGCCAAGUCACAAAAAAACAAAGAUAGAUGACCUUCUCAUUACCGAAGUUGAGAAAACCAAGGAGUCAAAGGAACCCCUUCACAAUAUAAGCGGCAAUGGCAGUUCCGUCACCCAGACCUACCAAGGGAUAACGUCCUGUGAGGAACAGCCCCUUCCAACGGCCGUGGCUUUGACCCCCAUCUAUCACGUCCCUGCCAAUCUGCUCCGCUGCCCAGGCCCUGAGGACCCCCAGAGCAGCAGCUGCGGACAGGCACUGGUGCCUGUGCAGGGACUCGGCUUUUGCGCCUCUCACGGCCCCCCAUUCUCCACUCCACCUUGUGCAGCCAGCCAGGCUCUGCUUCAUGUUCCCUACCCCUGCCCUCCUCGUCCAGGCUUGUUCCCAGGAGUGACCUGCAUAUGUGCUUCCUGGCAAAAAGGAUCUUUUCAGAAUGGACAUUGAAAAUAUUUCAUGCUGUCUGCAGGAACAGAGGAGACUUCAUAUGGGGUUUGGGGGUGGUGUGAUGGGGUGUUUGCUGGUUUGUUUUGUUGUGUCUUUGAAUCAUUUGAUUGAAUGACUCAAUGUGUUUUUCAAUUUGUCAGUUUGAUUUUAAAUUUAGAAACCAUAGAGCACUUUAAGUCCAAGAAUUUUACCCAUUAAGCAGUAGAAAAAUCCAUUUUCUUGAACGUUUUCCAAAACCAAGUUCAUUUCCAUGUACCUUUUCCAACGAGCUUGAUCAGGCCUCUCAUUUUGUGAGCUCAUCUAGCUAAGAGACCAGGGGCAGGUCUUUACCUUUGUAAAUGGUUCCUAGUCACAUAAAAACAUUCUUGCUUCUCUUUUGUUGAGCAAGAAAGGAGCCAAUAUGAUCUGUCAUUGUGAUUCAAGUCUCCUCCACAUUCUUGCUUUAUUUCCUAUCAGAAUCAAAGGGGGGGAGGGGUGUUCUGUUUUCAGAACAAAUGCCAAAAAGAGUCCAGUUGGCUUGUCCUGGAUUUUAAUUCUUUUUUUUUCCAUCAAAGUCAUUAAAACUUAAGUUUCUUAGAUGAUUAGAUCACCAAAUAGAUAUUUUUGUAUUCACCACACUUGGCCUUGACUAUUUUAUUUGAUUAUAAGACUGUCUUGGACCUUUGUACUUGUGACAUGUUUAAAUGUUAGAGACCCUAAUUUGUGUUUUCAGUAUUUCCUGGAGCAGAAAUUUAUUUUUGUAACUUUGUAGGUUUGAAGCAUUUCUAACUUGCUCUCAUACUAAAGAUGAACCCUGUCUUUUUCAUGAUAAACUGACCCAAUAUGAUGAUUCUCAGUCAUUGAUUAUGGACCUUUUGACAACAUUUAUAGCAAACAUUAGAGGAAAAAAGUGAGGGCAAGGGAAGGCAUUUCGAUAACAUCACCCCUCACUGGGACCUAAUUUUAUCCACUGGAUACCAUUUUAUGCUUCAGAGACUUUUUUUAUGAUUUAAAAAAUCACAAAACAUGUAUGUCUGCUCUCUCCUUGAAAUAGUCUGUAUGACCAUGGAGGCCAUUGAGCCCUCAGUGAACCUCCCUUGCCUCCUAGCCCAAUCCAUUCCUCCCUUACCUUCUAACCCAGUCUAUCCCCAUUUCCUCAUAAUGGAACAAAUAGGAUCAUCCCCUACUUCCAGAAUUCAAAAAGUGUAACAGGAACCUGUCUUUUUUUCCCCUUUUCCCCAAUCUUACCCUUUGUUUUCAUAGCAGAAUGGCAGGAGCGAUCCUUUUUUUUUUUUUUUUUUUCCCCUUUUUCCUUUUUCCUUUGCCUGAACCUGAUUCCAUACUUCAUUUAGCAAGAACCUGUCUGUCCUUUUCUUUCCCCCUUGCCUGAAAACAGAUUCCAUGCUUUCAUACAUAGCAAGAGCCUUUUUUCCCCCUGUUUGAACCUGACCAUGUGUUCACAUAGCAGGAUAAUAGGAUCUUUUCCCCCCUUUGCCUGAACCUGACCCCCAUACUUUCAUAUAGCAGGAGCUCUCCCUUCUUUUCUUCGUGUGAACAUGAACCCUGUGUUUUCAGAGAUUUGAAAUGCCUUUGCUCAUCGUAUUAUGGCAUUUUUAGUGCCAUAAGAGAAAAGUAAUCAAGAGAUGUUGAGGAAGAGGAUUCUGUUUAGAAACCCUGGUCCUCCUUCCCCACCUUCUGUUCCCAGCAGAUUCACAUGUAAAGGGAAACCAUGCAUUCUAGCAGAUAUCACUGAAGGGAAUAAAGUACAAAACAGGAAUGAAACAUUAAAGCGGGAUCAGGCUCCUUGGUCAGUUUAAUCAAUCAUUGAAUAGCCA